AUGGGAUACAACCAUCAUGGUUUACGUUUUCCCAAAGUCCCAACAGAACGCCACCCAUAUGCGCGGUCGCACACUGGUCGUGCAUUGGGCGCGCAGAUGAGGCAGAACAGGGUGAAAAGUGCGCGGCCAACAACAGUAGCAGCAGCGGCAGUAGCAGUAGGAGCAGCAGCAGCAGUAGGAGCAGAAGUAGCAGCAGCACUAGAAGCAGCAGCAGCAGCAGCAGGCGGUAGCGGCAGCAGGAGGAGCGGUAGCAGCAGUAGCGGCAGCAGCAUCAGCAGUAGCAGUAGCGGCAGCGGCUGCAGCAGCAGCCGUAGCAGCAGCGACAGUAGCAGCAGCAGUAGUAGCAGUAGUAGUAGCACUAGUAGCAGAGUAGCAGUAGUAGCAACAGUAGUAGUAGCAGCAGCAGCAGUAGCAGUAACAAUAGCAGUAGCAGUAGUGGCAGCGGCGGCAGCGACAGCAGUAGCAGUAGCGGCUACAGGUUGGGCUCAAAGAAUUGCACAAAAUCGACCCGUGGGUGCAGACCAAUUCGGAAAUAUAGCUCCCAGUGCCGGAAUACCACUUGGUGAUUAUGCUAGACCAGUCUACAACCCAGGCUUAUCGAGUGUGAGACCACCUACUGUUGUAGCUAAUAAUUUUGAGAUAAAGCAGGGAACAUUGAGCAACGCAGCUGGAGGUCCGUUGAUGAAAAAGACUUCAGAGGAGAUAGUCAUUAUUCUAGAUGAGUUGUCUGAGGAUGCAAAUCAGUGGCCCUCUGAAGUUGCUGAAAGAAGAAGAACGACUGGUGUUCUCCAAGUUGACGCUAACACAUAA